CCGACGUGGAAACAGUUUACAGGAUUCUGCAGUCUGCUGAGCAAAACAGGCCUGCUGUAUUUAGUCUGUUCCCAGAUCAGCAUUCUUGAGAGUAUUUACGGGACUCCAGCUGUAUGCUCCGCUAACGUCAGAAGACCCGCGGAAAUUCAAAGUUAGAGGGGGAGGAGAGUGAAAGCAUAAAACAACAAGAAGGUUGUUUCUUGUUUCCUGUCAGUUAGCGUUGACCUGUUUUAAUACUGUAGUUUCAUACAGACCUCUUUUCAGGUUUCUGACUAAUAACAGUGACGGCUGACAUCUUAAAAAAACAUAUCCAAUCUGUAAUGUCACUGUGGUUGCAGCUCAGUAUGGAAGCUGGCGAGGAAAAUAGUGGCAACGUCAAAUUGAAGAGACAGAGAGGACCUCUGUCAGAUUCUGGAGACAAUGUCCCCUCACCAUCAGAGAUGAAUAAUGGCCAGAAGCGGCGGCGCCUGGAGGCAGCUGGUCAGGAGAACUGUAGCCCGAAACCGUCCGAUUGCCUAGCUGAACUAGGGACAAAGCCAGACACACCAAUGGUUCCUUCAGUGCGGUCCCGAGUCCAGCAACUCACCCAGAGAAGAGAGGGAGCUCCACUGGCCCAGAGGUGCCUGUCAGAUCCUGGGGCUGACAGCCCAUCAGCCAUCAACCAUGACAAGGGCGUCAGAGAGCAUCUCAUCGGUGAGGGAGAAUUUAAUCAACGAAUGGAGCGGUUUAAAGCGCCAGUCUUCCAGGCAGGCCCCACACCAAGCCCUACUACCCUCUACCCUCGCUCCCGCUCAAAUUUUGUAUCUGGCAUUCAUCAGAAACUCCAGGGCACUACAACACCCAGCUCCAAGCAGGCCUCCCUCAUGCGCCAGGAACGGGAGCACGAGUUGAGCCAGUUGCAUCUCCAACCAAUCAGUGAGAAUGCCUGGCUAAAAAGGAGCAGCUCUGAUCCCUCAUUGGCUCAGCAGGGAAGGACCCCUCCUGGCCCCUCAUCUCAAUCCUCCUGGGUCCCUAGAUCUAGAAGGAGAGUUCACUGGCCUCCCAUGCAGCCUGGGGAUGUUGAUGGUGAUGCUGAGAUGAAAGAUGCCAGCUUCACAGAAGCUCCUACAUCAGGUGCAAAGAAGCCACCUAUAAAUACAACAGGUGGAAGGGCACCUUGUGACUCUGAAGCUCCAACAGCAUCUGUAGAGCAUGAAACCUCUAGUGAAGGGCAGCUGCGAAUGGAAGGGAAGGAGCAAAAUACUCAUCAGGGUGAAGAACUCAUGAAGGACAAACACCGCAGGGCUUCAGCUGGAAAUGAAGAAGAGCAGCUAGGGUCCCAGGAACCAGAGACCCAGACUUUAUUGAAGCUGUCUUUUAGCGAGGAUCAGAGUUUCUCCAAAACAUCUUACGGUGAGGAUCAGAAUGUGUCAGAUGAUGAACAGAGACUGCUAGAAUCAAUUCAUCCAGAUGAGUCAAAUGAAAAGGAAACGAGUGAGGUUUCCAAAGUAACUGAACAGAACGGGUUAGAGAUGUUUUCAUUUGAAGAAGAUGAAAAGAUUGAUGAAUCUUCAUACGGUGAAGAGGAGAUUGAGCCUUCAACAGAUGAGGAGUUAUGGUUGUGGAGAAAUCCUCAAGACAAUGUGUGCAAAGAGGAAGAGUCUAUCAAAGCUGAAGAACAGGAGGAAGAUGUGUGUGCUAAAGAGGAUCAAGGGGAGUUGGAUUCAUCCAAAGUGGAAAAAGAGAAAGGUGGCAGUGUUGCAGAUCAUAGUGAUCCCUUUGACAUCCAGGAUAGUGAAUGUUAUUUGGGUAAUGUCCCUGCUGAGAUUGCUGAUUCCUCUGAAUUGCAGGAAGAUGAGAAACCUAGACCAGAAGAGGACUCUGUGAAAGACUUGUGUACUUUAAACAGAGACCAAGUCAAUUUAGAGUCCUAUGCAGAAAGUAAUGAGGGAGCAGCUAGAGAAGAUACUGAUAUUUUUACAAUAAGACAAGACCAGAAAGACACAAAAGGAUUUACUCAUAAGAAUGAUAUACGUCAAAAAUUCCAGACAAUCAAUGUAAAAGAAGAAAAAAUUUACCUAGAGUCAAACAGAACAGGCCCAAAUAGCAGAGUGAAACGAAUGGAAGCAUCUCCUUUUGCAAAUGUAGUUCAGGCUCUGAAAGAAACACAGACAUAUUAUAUAGAACUUCAAAGAAACACUGAAGAUGUAGCAGAGCUGAAGGCAGAGCCUUCUGCUGAACCAGUAGACAUUGCCACAAAUGAUCCAGCUCUGAGUUUGACAGAGGUCCAGGUGUCAGAAUGCUUUUUGGAGACAGAGGAAAGGGAUCAAGAAGCAAAAGAUGAAAGACAGGGUGUUAUAGAUGGGCUGACAGAAGAAACUGACAAGGCAGAGGGAGCAGAGAACUUAAAGAGAGUCACUUUUAUCCUGGAGCCUGAGCUAAUCAAUGACUCAUUCCUGUCUGAGACCAGUACCUCUGUGGAGUCCAGGGCAGAGACAAGUAUGUCAGAUGCUGAACUGAGCUCUCAUGAUGAGACCAACACCACUGAAAUAAUUGAUCGGAUGUUCGAGGAGGUGCUUGAAUAUGCUGGAAGGAUAGAGGAAGACGGGGGAGAUGAUGAAGAUGCUGAGGACCGUGAUAGUGGUAUUGGUGCUUGCUCUACAGACAAAGAUAAAAUGGACACAGAGUCAGAGAAGGAGAAAAUUGAAGAAGAGGGUCAGGCCAGAGAAGAGUGUUGCGAAAGCAAGAAGCUUGAAAGCAAUGGAGAUGAGCUGCUGUCUUUCCCUCCUAGCGCCAUCCUCUCUCCUCUCAGCAAGUCUGUAGAGGCUGUGGUCACCCCUCUGCGGCUAGCAGCAAACCAGGAAUCGAAUCCUCCGUCUCUGCUUCUCACUCCAGAAGAGACCACCACCCCUCCUGUUGAAUCUGCUCCUCUAUACAGUGUUGAUGCCUACCGUACACAAAGGCAGAGUAAGCUGCCCACCAUUCAGAGUGUCACUCCUGGGAUACAGAGACGAGCUCAGCCAAAAUCUCAACCUCAACAUUCUGUCAACACCAAGGAGAAAAUCACGGCUCUUAAUGAAGAAGCAGGGAAACUGCAGACUGUCAUCAACCAGACCCUGCAGGCUCUGAGCUGCUGUACUGAUGAAGAGCAUGGACGAGGCUCACAGGAGGAGGCUGAAGCCGAAAAACUACUGCUGGUCUCCUGUGAGAAACGCUCUGCCUUGCUGGCAGAGGUAGCCAGACUGAGAGAGGAGAGGAACUCGGAUACUGGAGAGGACAGGGAGUACGUUUCCCAGCAGCCCUGCAGAGGGACUGUCAGCGUCACAAACAUCCAGCUGCCUCUCAAGGUUGAAUUUGUCUGCUCCUCACACAGCCGGACAGGUCGGCCGAGUCACUACUUUUUCGUCCUGAUCCGCUACGGGUCCUGCAACAUCAUCGCCACCCCACUGGCCACAGCUGCUGACGCUCAGAAUGGAGACACAAUCUCCUUCUCUACUUCUGUCACUCUGAAGGAUAUUCGCUCAUCCUUUGAGAUUGAUGUGGAAGUCUACAGUCUGUCCCACACUUCAGGUAGUAACUGCAGCAUGGACAGGACAACCACCAAGUCACGGGUCACACCAAGAAAGCUUCUGAACACAAUAACAAAAUCCAGUAACAGUCUGGCAUCUGCUGGUCCUACUGCUCUCAACACUCGUCGCUCCAGUAACUUUUGUCUUGUGGGUUCCCAUAAGAUCACCUUGGCCUCACUGGGACAGAGCAAGUUCCCUCUGGAUAAGAUGAAACUUGAAGGCAAAAUCAGGAGGCUCCUGGGAAAUGAAUUUCAGGAAAAGGUGCCUUUUCUCUCCCCUCUAGAGGGCAACAUCUACUUACAACUGGACAGCGAGAGUCACUCUAAUGUGCAACACCAAGGCUUCCUGACAAUGUUUGAGUUGAUCAGUGGGUAUGGGGUGUGGCAUCGCCGAUAUUUUGUGAUGGAAGGAUGCAGCAUGAACUACUGGAACCACCCCAAUGACAAAGAAACCAAGGAAGCAGAGGGAAGCAUCUUUCUGUCCAGCUCUCCCAGUCAGUGUGUCAGGCCUGUCAAGAGGGACUCAUGUGCUCGACCUUUUACCUUUGAGCUGGUGAGCAACACCCCAAAUCAGCAGCUGGACACCAGCCAGGAGGCCUUGGCAAAGUGUUGGUUUUCAGCUGACACCAAACAAGAGAGAUUGGACUGGAUGGAGAAACUCAACCAAGUUCUUUUGGACUUUCACACAUGGAACCGAAUGUCAGCAACCCAAACAGAAAGCAAGCAGUCAAACAAAUCAAGCAAUGGGAACUUGAGAGAGAGCAUACUGUAACUACAUCACUAAACCAACAUAAGUACUCAGAUGCAGUUUCUUAUAGUUUUGGCUGUCUGGGAUCCAUGAAGGCAUCCUUGGCUGGUAAAUGAGCUGACAUCAGGAUUUAGAUUCUUUAUUUCAGAGCUGCAGGAGAUGAGCUUCUUUAUAGGCUCUGUUUCACUGUUAAAAUGAAAAGCCAAAUUAUAAACAUAUAACCAGGCAAAAUGUAAUAUAUCUAAUGUUGAUUUAUCCUUGGGAUAAUCUAUCUAUUUGAGUUUCUGUUUAUUUCUUUUAAUCUGAAUCCAAUCAUUACUGUUGGUUUUCACUUUUAUUUGCUAAGUUACAGUUGCCAUUUGAAUAUUUUUAGUUUUUCUUUAUCAUGAUUUUGAGGAAAUUAGGUUUUAUUUCGAGUUUUUUUUUCUAUGGCAGUCAGCUGCUUUAGCCUUUGUUGGCAAUGUUAUUUGGUCACUUUCAGUAGCUAAGGUGAAACUUCUCUUGUAGCUUAUACAUUUUUGAAAUAAUUUACCCUAUAUAUUUAGAUCCAUGUUGUAUUUUUGUGUCAUUUAAACUGGAAGGAUAAUGAAAUUUAUAUAGAUACACUAAUGAAUAUUGAAAGAGAAGGAAAUCUUUAACUCUACUAAACUGAUCUAGGAUGAGAAUAUAUUUGAAAUGGCAGGGAACACAACAAACUUUUAAAACACUAAAGUAAUGCUAGUUAGUGUUGGAAUGGGAGCUUCUCUUAGUCAUUUAGACAUACAGUAUCUGCUUCUGUUUAGUGAAAUAAUAGGUUUUUGAUCGGGGGCACAGUCAAUCCAUUCUAGGCAGAAGUUAAUGCAGGUUGUUGUUCCACUGAACCAACAGAUAUUUGGCUGUUAUUUCACCUGUCGCUAUGUUCUUUUUUUUCUUUUCUUUUUUUUUACUAAAGAAAUUUUACUUCCUCCUCGGUGCCCUGAAUUGUUCACUCAAAUUCCUUAGUACAGGAUUUGUGUUACUGCGCAUAUAUAAACCCUUUAUAUUUACAUAUGUAAACCCAUAUUAUAUAUGUAAUACAACAGACGAGAGAACUGGCGAGGUAAAAGAGAGGACUGCAGUUAUGCUGCUACAAUGAAUGUAGUCACUUUGUUAUAAAUGUUAUUCAUGUGAACUCUCAUUCUAUGCACUUAAUGGAAGGUACCAAUAAAAUAAAUGGAAUGAAAUGGCUACAAAAACAGUUUAAAUGAAUGGGCUUGACCAAUCCAGGCAGUGGCUUUGCAUGCAAGUGCAGGUUCAAAAAGCAAACAUGUCAAAUUUAUUGUCACUCAUCAGUAUUAUUAUAUACUGUAAUAUCACUUUGAUAUUUCAAUUUUCUUUCCGUUAGAAAACAUGUUGAAGUAAGUACAUAAUGUUAUUGUAAGCAGGUGUCCCAGACGAAUAGAUUUCAUGGUUUAAAAUACUUCCCAUCCCUUUGUUUCUGACCACACUCUUCUCCUUGUGUAGAUUUACGUGCACAUACAAAAGAAUGUAAAAGUUUAGGUGGUUGAGCCAUAGAUCUUCUAUACAUACGGUGCCUGAGAGAGUCUGGCAGGAAGUCAGCUCAGGUCAGGAAUGUCAUACAGGAAGUGGCCUAGAAAUAGACAUCCUGUUCGUCCCAGAGCCCCUCUGGGUGGAGGCGCUGCUGGAUGUUAUGGAGCUCAAGGUGAUGACAACAACAAGGGGAGGGGAGCACUUCAUUCUGCUUUCAGGACGCACACACAGCUGUGUUGAAUCAGCCAACACCAGCUGUUUCAGCGUUCUUAUUUGUGUACACUGGGCGGUAGUACAUUACAAUGGAUUUCUAUGGGUUUGUCACCUUCCACAGGUUUGACAGAUUUCUGACAGUAAUUUAAGUUCAGUACAUAAAGUUAAUGUAAAUGGAAGCUUAUACACAUUUAUCCCAAAUUGAUUACAAAGAUCUGUCCAUGUUAAACUCGUCAAAAUGUAAACAUUUUACUAAAUCUGACCACUUUUGUGGUCAUUUGCUGAACAGACUUGAUAAUUUUUUGUGCAAUUGAAAAUGUUCUUAUGGUGGUUCACUAGAGUAAAAGUUAGCAGGUUAGCAUUGUCUCCAGGCACA